CCCAACUGGGUCAGAGACACGUUGUCUUCAGGCAACCCAUGUGCUCACAUGGAACAUAGAGCAAAGAGAAGCAGGAGAAGAGCAGGAGGCGAAGAGAGAAGAAGGGAGAGAAGGGAAGAGCUCUCAUAGCUGCUAAGUUGAUAAGGACGAAGAAGAAAACAAGAACUCGCACUUCUUGUAAACUCUUCUUGAGAGAACAGAGAGAGAGAGAAGGAGAGGAGAUGAGGGAGGGGGGAGAUGGGUUCCUGCGGGCGGACCAGAUCGAUCUGAAGAGCCUGGACGAGCAGCUGGAGAGGCACCUGAGCCGGGCAUGGACGAUGGAGAAGAAGAAGGAGGAGGAGAGAGAGGGCGGCGGCGGCCGAGGGGAGAGGCAGAGGCAAGAAUGGGAGAUCGAUCCCUCUAAGCUGGUCAUCAAAGGGGCCAUCGCCCGGGGCACCUUCGGCACCGUCCACCGCGGUGUCUACGACGGCCAGGACGUCGCAGUGAAGCUGCUUGAUUGGGGAGAAGAGGGUCACAGGACAGAAGCUGAAAUUUCUGUACUCAGGACAGCUUUUUCUCAGGAAGUUUCUGUUUGGCAUAAGUUAGAUCAUCCCAACGUAACCAAGUUUAUAGGUGCUACAAUGGGUGCCGGAGAUCUAAAUAUACAAACAGAAAAUGGCCUUCUUGGCAUACCAAGUAAUGUAUGCUGUGUUGUCGUCGAGUACCUUCCUGGUGGUGCACUGAAAACAUUUCUUAUCAAAAACCGGAGAAGAAAAUUAGCCUUCAAAGUUGUCGUUCAAUUGGCUCUUGAUAUUGCAAGAGGACUGAGUUAUCUGCAUUCAAAAAAGAUCGUGCACAGAGAUGUGAAGACGGAGAAUAUGCUUCUGGAUAAGACAAGAACAGUAAAAAUUGCUGACUUUGGUGUUGCUCGUGUUGAGGCUCAAAAUCCUAAUGACAUGACGGGUGAAACAGGAACACUUGGUUACAUGGCACCUGAGGUCCUCAAUGGCAGUCCCUACAACAGAAAAUGUGAUGUUUACAGUUUCGGCAUUUGCUUAUGGGAAAUAUACUGCUGUGAUAUGCCAUAUCCUGAUCUUAGCUUCUCAGAGGUUACGUCUGCAGUUGUUCGGCAGAACUUGAGGCCAGAGAUACCAAGAUGUUGCCCAAGCUCUCUGGCCAAUAUAAUGAAGAGAUGCUGGGAUGCGAACCCUGACAAGAGACCCGAGAUGGAUGGAGCGGUGGCUUUGUUGGAGGCGAUAGACACAUCAAAGGGUGGAGGAAUGAUCCCUCUUGAUCAGCCCCAAGGAUGUCUCUCAUGCUUUCGCAAGAAGAGAGGCCCUUGAUAACUCAAGACAGCAAACCAGGGCCCUUUAAUCGCUCCAAGGAUAUAGACCUCGGCGAUCAGAUUGUACCUACCUAGGUAGACGAACCUGGUUUCCUGGAGCUGAGGCAGUGGGAUCCUUGUUUUAGUUGAGGAGCUCUGCACAUCUCUCAGUUCUAUAAGAUGAUGUAAAGAAUUUUUCAUCUUUGUGUGCAUUAAAUCAUUGGCCGGCCAGUUUUAGGAUUAGCUGACUUUUCAGAUGUCCUGUAAGAUGAUUCACAUAUAACCUAUUCUAGUUUAUUUUAAUCUUCUUUUUAAAUCUCCUUCUUUACAGAAAA